CCUCUCCUCCUGCUCGUUAAUGUACAUAGCCGAUGCGAUUUACCUCGUACUAAAAGGAUUCGAAAUUACGAGGUUUUCAAUAUUGAAGGAAAUGAAAUUACUGAAUUCCCACAGGAAUUCGAAGAGCUGACCUCAAUGAAGGGGCUGAAUGCGGCGAAUAACAAGCUGACAUCAGUCCCAGAAGGAAUAUUCAAUAUGAAGCACCUCGCUAUUCUCGACCUGUCCGGAAACCUCAUUGAAGGUAAGCAGCUCCAACUUUUUUAUCCUUCAGAUUUCUGUGCAAGGACUUUGCAGAAUUUUUUGGAACAAGCGGGUCCACUAAAGACUCCGAGACGCCGGACAAAUGGUCAC